AUGCCACCAUCAAAGCAAGCCACUCUUGGCGGCUUCCUUGGAAAAAAAGCUGCUGAUCCCAAGCCCAAAUCUCAGUCAACGCUGUCCUUCAACCGGAAAUCUGCAACCAACGGAGAGAGUGCAAAGACAGAUGCUACAGAUGAUGGAGCGACCCCGCCACAUGACAAUUCAGAUGGUGCAACCCCUGGAGCUUCAACCCGUGAAGACACAAGCCGAUCUCCGACACGGAAGCACAAGAAACCAAAUGGUGAUGUAGAAGAAGAUGGAGGAGGCAGUGAUGAUGAGCCGGUCGUGAGAAAACGAAGGAGGACAUCAAGGUCACAAACGCCAACCACGACAAAUGGCACUAAAGCAAGUGCCAAGGUCACUCAGAAGUCUUCCAAAGUAACAAGAUCCAUCCCGGAGGACUCUGCUUCUUCGGAGCAGGACGAUCCCUCUCCAGAACCUGAAGAACCAGAAUCAGCGAGCGAGAAGGAAAAGCCGAAGGUCACCAAAAAGAAGGCCUCCAAGGUCCAGGCUACUCUCAAGUCAUCUGCCAAAGACCCAUAUCCUGACUGGAAGGCUGGAGAGCCUGUGCCAUACGCAGCUUUAUGUACCACAUUCUCUCUGAUCGAGCUCACAACGAAAAGACUACAAAUCACCGCAUACUGCUCAGCAUUCCUGCAACAAGUCCUGCGUCUCACACCACAGGACCUGCUUCCCACAGUUCAGCUCAUGCUCAAUAAGCUCGCUGCCGAUUACGCGGGCAUCGAGCUUGGUAUAGGGGAGUCUCUUAUUAUGAAGGCCAUUGGAGAGAGUUCUGGUCGCUCGUUGGCAAUUAUCAAAGCUGACCACCAGAAAAUUGGUGACUUGGGGCUGGUUGCUGCAAAGAGCAAGUCCAAGCAGGGUCAAAUGUUCAAGCCCAAAGCUCUGACCGUCCGUGGGGUUCAUCAAGGUCUUCUCGACAUUGCCAAGAUGGAAGGUCAUGGUUCGCAGGAUCAAAAGGUGCGGGCAAUCAACAAAUUGAUGGCUUCUGCGGAUGUGUCGUCGGCUAGCAAAAGUAUCGACAUCGAAAAAGACAAGGGCGGGCCCUCUGAGGCAAAAUUCCUCGUCAGAUUCCUAGAAGGAAAACUCAGACUUGGUUUAGCUGAGAGGACCGUCAUCAUUGCUCUUGCCCAGGCAGUCGUCACAUACGAAGCUGCUGAGAAAGGAAAGACUGUCAGCACCGACAAAUUGGUGGAGGGAGAAGCUGCCCUCAAAACCGUGUACAGUGAAUUGCCAUCAUACGAAGUCAUCAUCCCUGCCAUGCUGGAGCACGGCAUUUUCAAACUACAUGAGAGCUGCAAACUUCAACCAGGAGUCCCUCUCAAACCUAUGCUGGCCAAGCCGACAAAAUCAAUCACGGAAGUUCUUGACAGAUUCGAGGGUAAAGAUUUUACGUGCGAGUACAAGUACGAUGGAGAAAGAGCACAGAUCCAUUAUGUUGCACCAGAAUCAGUGAGUGAAUUUCCAGCGGCGUCGAACACUUUGGUCAAAGAUUCCAAAGCAUUCAAAGGGCUAGCCUCUAUCUUCUCAAGAAAUUCGGAAGAUCUUUCCAAGAAAUACCCAGACAUUCUGGAAAAGCUGGACACCUGGAUCAAACCUUCUACCAAAAGCUUUGUUUUGGAUUGCGAGACUGUGGCAUGGGACCCUCAGAACAAGAAGGUUCUUCCAUUUCAGCAGCUGAUGACCCGCAAACGCAAGGACGUCAAAACUUCUGACGUUACAGUGAAAGUGUGUGUAUAUGCAUUCGACAUGCUGUUCUACAAUGGUGAGGCCCUGGUAAAGAAGUCACUUCGAGAAAGAAGAGAAUUGCUUCAUGCAGCCUUUGAACCAGUGGAAGGAGAGUUUACCUUUGCUCAAUACGGCAAUAGCAAAGAUAUCGAAGAAAUUCAGAAGUUAUUGGAUGAAUCGGUGAAGGCAUCCUGCGAAGGUCUCAUGGUCAAAAUGCUUGACACCGAGGAGUCUGGCUACGAACCAAGUAAGCGCUCACGAAAUUGGUUGAAAGUGAAGAAGGAUUAUCUCUCAGGGGUGGGCGACUCGCUAGAUCUUGUCGUCUUGGGUGCAUACUAUGGCAAGGGGAAGCGAACUUCUUGGUAUGGCGCAUUCCUCCUAGCAGCAUACAACGCAGAGACCCAGACAUUCGAGACUGUCUGUAAUAUCGGUACAGGCUUUACCGAGGUCAACUUGGCGGAUAUUCACAAGGAGCUUUCGCAGCAUCUGAUUGAGGGCCCCAAACCUUUCUACAGCCACAGUACGGUCAAGAAUGAUCAGCCCGAUGUUUGGUUCGAACCUCGUUAUGUGUGGGAAGUCAAGACGGCUGAUCUCACAUUGAGUCCUCGAUACCGAGCUGCUAUCGAUGAAAUGGGUGGAAAGAAUGGCAUCAGUUUGCGAUUCCCCCGAUAUAUCCAAAACCGAGAUGACAAGAAACCUGAGGAUGCAACGACCACCAGUGCUGUGGCGGAGAUGUAUCGCAAUCAGGAGGUUGUUGCGAGGGAUGGGAAAGGGAAAGGAGGAGUUGAUGAUGAUUUCGAGUAUUGA